AUGUCCUCGGAAGUCGAGACAGUCUCGGCCUUCGUGGAGGGAGCUCCUCCUGGCGAACUCGCAGAUGUCAUAGCAGACAUCAAGGCGCUUUCGAGCCCGGACGUUGUCUCCAGCCUCGGUCCCGCCUUCCAGAAAUACAACGAGGAGCAGUUCAUCACUGUCAAGUUGCCCGAGAGCAGUCAGCCGGUGAUCAUCAGCUCCCACAGCUCCUUGGGCGGUGGUCGGUACUAUGACGUCGAGAGCAGCUCAAGCUUCACGUUCGACCACAGCAACCAGAAAGCCAGCGGUGUUCAGAGCUACGUUUUGGAGGGUGCACAAUCGGACUUGGUCAAAUCCAUAUUGAAGAGCCUCGGUCCUUAUGUCAAGGAACACUUUCCCAAUGCUGCCUAUGGCGCGUACCCCAUUGAGAACGACACCAAGGUCGCUAUCAUCAUUGCUUCAAACAAAUACAGCCCCAACAACUUCUGGAACGGUCGAUGGCGCUCUCUUUAUAUAUUUGACCCUUCCUCGGGGACCCUCGAAGGCUCCAUCAAGGUCGAUGUGCAUUACUACGAGGACGGGAAUGUCCGUCUCCUGACGAACCGACCAUCCACGGCCUCCAUUCCGUCUGGCACGGGCGUGGGCAUCGUCAAGGAAAUCUCGACCACGGAGAAUAAGUAUCAAACAGAGCUCAACAAAGGCUUCGCAGACCUUAGUGAGGGUGCAUUCAAAGGCCUGCGUCGGCAGCUGCCUGUGACGAGACAGAAGAUCGAGUGGGAGAAAGUCACCAGCUACAGAUUAGGCCAGGACAUUGGCGGCGGUUCGAGGCGGUAG